AUGUCGCGAGACGUCCUCGUCCCCCGCGCGACGAGCAUGCAGGGCAAGCGGCGGCGGAUCGAUGCUGACGUUCCGGAGAAGUCGAGGAGGACACGGAGUGUGGGAGGUGACUGUCGUGAUCUGCCGUCGACGUCGGACCGUCGCGAGGCGAAAGAGAGAGAGGCAUUCCAGCGCCAGCUCAUAGGCGUCUUCGUUCCCCGCGCGCUCAAGGAGUCUCUCGAAGGCAACACCCACAACUACUCGGACCUCCUCUCCCACUUCCUCCCCCUCCCUGGUUCAUCAACGCCACAGCUCCCGCCUCUCCUCCCGCUCCUGCGCGCACUCACGGCACACGUCUCACUCAUCGAUAUCGGAGUGCACCAUGCGCUCGUUGGCGCCAUCGUCAACCUUCCCUGGGCGACCGCCGACGACCGCUUCGUCAAGUCAUACAUCGGCUUCUGUGGCGUCCUCGUCUCGGCCCACCCUGGGUGGGCGCGUGACAUCGUCGCUAUGGCCGUCCGCGGUCUCACAUGGCAACCACCACAACCCUCGGUGUCCAGUACGCCUGUCACGCGGCGCAUUUUCCACGCCAGGCAUCACCUUCUCAUCUCACAUAUGCUUGCCCUCAUCCCAACCCUUCCCAACCUGCUCCAGCCGAUCCUGAACCGCUCGGCGCCCAACAAGCGCGAACCGGAGGUCGUGCAGACGACAUGGGUGCGCAACUGCUGCGAGCUCAUCGAGUACUGCCCCGAGCUCGGUGCAAGGGUGUGGAGCUCGCUCGUCGAUCGCAUGCUCCGCAUCGAUGUCGAGAUCACGAACCGCGCUGACGACGAUGACGACGACGAUGACGACGAGGAGGGCGGCGUGCGUGAUCGCGGCGAUCCAUUUGACCUCCUGAUCGACCAGAACGUCGCCGGGGACGAUGAGGACAGUGACGACGAGAGCGACGAUGGGGAGGACAUUGACCCCGACGACAUAAGCUCAGAGGAGGAGCGUGACAGCGAUGACGACGUGGACACGACCGAACACCGCAAGAAGCGCCGUGAAAUGUUGCGCUUGAUGCGCCAGAAGCUGGACGGCAUGCUCGUCUACUUCCUCACCCACCUCGACGAGAGCAUGCGCGGCACACGGCACGUCCCUGCUGCGGAGUUAGCGGCACGUGACAUGUCUGCCGUACCCUCAGAGACGCCCAGCGCCUCGUCCACCCCUCUGCCCCAGACACCCGCCACUCCAACUAGCAUCACGGGAAUGGCGCGGACGCCGCCGACGCCUGCACAGAGCCUCGCCCACUUUCAGACGCUGCUCAACCUCUUCUCCCGCCAAAUCCUGCCGACGAGCGCCACCCAGCAUCUUCCGUUCACGUUGUUCCUCUGCUCGAGCUUCAGCCCCGCACAUGCCGACCUCUUCCUCCACCGCCUCGUCUCGCUUGCGUUGUAUGCGAGCGACACCCCUACCCCAUCACCCACACAGCCUGUCCCCCUCGCUCACCGGACCGCCGCGGCAGUGUACAUCGGCUCACUCGUGACGCGUGCGCGCUUCGUGAGCGACGAGCAGGCCCGUACCGUUCUCCAGUACCUCCUCGCCUACGUUGAUGGCAAGCUCGCGCAAGCGCAGUCCAAGAAUCGCCGUGUCGCACCCGACGAGCUGUCCCUCUUCUACGCCGUCUGCCAGGCCGCUAUGGUCAUCUUCUGCUUCCGAUGGCGUGCGCUCACGGCCGACGAUGAGGUCGCUGGCGAGAUGGAGAUGGACUUUACGAGUGGGCGCGAAUGGAUGCGCGACCUGGACGUGCUGCAGCGCGCUCUCACGUCCGAACUCAACCCCCUUCUCGGUUGCAACCCCAGCGUGGUGAGCAUGUUUGCCAAGGUCGCGCACUCGACGGGCUUCGCAUACUGCUUCAGCAUCAUCGAGGCGAACACGCACGCCCACACUAAGCGCAGCGCGCCCUCCAUCGCAGCACCCCGCGCGGCACGACAGGCCAACAUCGAUGCCGGGCUGGACAGCUACUUUCCGUUCGACCCCUACGACCUCCCUCGCUCCGGUGAGUUCGUCGAGGCGCUGUACCGCACUUGGGACGAGGUUGCGGUUGACCUUGGCGGCGACUCGGACUCGGACGACUCUGAUGACGAGGCGGAGGAGAGCGAUGAGAGCAUGGGUGACGAGGAGCUUGGGCCAGGAAGAAUUCCCGUUGCCACUAGCGCCGGCAAGCGGCCCCUCCCCAUGGCAAGGGGCGGCAGCAGCUUCGGCGAGCACCGAAGACGCAACAUCCUCAACGACGCGGGCCUAAGCACAAGCCUCGAGCACAUGAGCAUCUCGCCAGUGCCCUCCAGCGUCCUCGGGUGA